AUGCCCCAGCAGAGAACGACGCUAAGGAUGAAUAAUCCACCCAUGCAUUCUCAUUUCUCGGCGUACCGGGAAGGUCUUCUCAUGCAGAUGCAGGGACGUGAUGCUGUAGCGGCAGCAGUGGCAGCUCCACCCACACACAAUCAACGCUCCAGCAUUCGCUGGGGUUACUCUGUAGGCAAUAACAAUAGCUACGGCAGCAGUCGCGGGGACACUGGCUGCAUUGGUAGUAUGGAGGAUGUCCCUCUUCGGGAGGAAGUCAUGACCCCCAUCUCAGUAGGCAGUCGGGCGGAGAAUGCACCGUUUGCAUCUUCUUCCCCUCAUUCCUCAACACCAGCAGUGGCACGAGGCCCAGGAAUAUCAGCAGGAACAAUGGGGGGUCUAAUGCCGUCGCCGUCGCUGACGUCGUUUCAGCAGCAUUUUAAGCAUCCUCCGUCUUUAUCCUCACGCUUUGAUUCCAUGCAUGGCGUGUCUCGUCGACCGCCUGGUUUUGCUGCUCCAUACUCUUUGGAUGCCUUGCCUCAACCGCAACGAGAGGAUAAGGCUGGCACACGCAGCAAUGGGGCAUAUACAACUUUUCUGGCCUACGGGGGAACCGCAGCGCCUUCGUAUCAUGUGGAUCCAAACCUGCACGGUUUCUUUCCGCAAUCUCGUCAGGUGCCUCAAACCACCGGGACUGCUGUUGUAUCUGCCUCGGAUGUGUUGCAUACGGCUCUUUUUUCGGCGGAAAGAGGUCCUCCUGCUCCCCAUCAUAGUGCAGGGAUUCAGCGGCCGCCACCGCCGUUGCCACAGCAGGAUCAACCAGAACAGCAAACACGGUCAUAUACUCGCGAGGCUGUUGGUGAAGCAUUUGAAACCGCGAUGAAUCCGCCACUGCAGCGGCUGCAGCACCACCACGACCCCGUUUUUUGGGAGUUAUUUGAGCGACUAGCCUAUAGACCGAGCAGCCGCCACCGCCGUGGUGCCGCAGCUACGCGGCCGCAGCGGCGAAGCGAACAGAGUCGUGUGGGUGGGGACCCUUCUAUUGGAGGGUGGAUGCGGCGUUCUCCUCGCUUGGCCCAGAUCACACCGUCGAUCAUACCUUCCUAUUCUCCCUUUCGUCCCCGCCCGGGAUCUCCCCCACCGCUGUCAACCUUGUCACGUGAGGUGCACAACUCACGAACCACGUUGCGGUUUGCUUCAACUCGUCGAGCGUCACGCCUUAGUGAUGGUUAUCUCUUUGAAGCUGCCUUUGCCCCCGAUGUGGACAAUAUGUCGUAUGAGGAGCUCCUGGACCUGGCGGAAAGCAUUGGACGCGUCGAGCGCGGUGUGCCGCGUGAACGGCUGUUACAGCUAAGGGUGCUGCUGCAGCCAAUUCACUUUGGAGUGAUGACUGAGCGCACCGGGGGGGCGCUGUCUCCACGUGAAGAAGAGUGCUUAACCUGCUGCGUGUGUCUGGACUCAUUUUCAGUCGGCCACGUGGCCACGCAGCUUCCAUGCUGUCGCCACUUUCUGCACGAGGGGUGCGCUUCUCGUUGGUUUGAAAGUCACUUUCGAUGUCCAAUCUGUACGCGUGACGUACGCGACACAUAG